CCCUCCCUUCUUUGGCAGUUAUCGAUUCUCUCUCCUCUAAUCAGUCAUCACUCCCAAGUCCCAACCGAGCUUCUCUGCUCUCUCUUUUUCUCUCUCCUCGAGAUUUUCUGUGAAACCCUAAAAAAAGAAACAGCAAAGGUGGAAGAAGAAGGAAGAAGAACAAGGAAGAAGGAGAACAAACAAUGGCGUUUUCAAUCUCUGGUAUACGACUACCUUGUGUUCCUUCCAUUUAUAAGUCCAGCUUUCAUGGUGAAAAUCGACGGACCCCUCCUUUCUCUCUCCUCCUUAACAACAACUCCUCCACCUCACUUUCUCGGAAGAUUUUUGCUCAAAAGUCCUCUUACGAUUCUGAUUCUCCAUCAGCAACAUUGACAGAAUCUCAAAAAGUACUUGUUCCUGGUUGUGAGGCUGAAGGGUCUUCAUCUGAUGAAGGCUUGAAUUCUGAUGAUGCAAAUCUAAAUGAUCCUGAGGGUGUACAUGAUUUAGAUGUACAAUCCAUGAAAGGAAGCAAAGAGGUCGAGGGUGAAGAAAAAAUUAUACAAUCUAGAGUUGCCAUUGACGACAAGCAAGACUCUGUGGCGGCAACUCAUAUUCAUGAAGAUAAAGAAAUGCAAACCACUGGAAAAUCAGUUCCUCCACCUGGUGAUGGGCAGAGAAUAUAUGAGAUAGAUCCACUUCUGAGAAAUCACCAAGAACAUCUUGAUUAUCGUUAUGGACAGUACAAGAGAUUGCGACAAGCUAUUGACAAAUAUGAAGGUGGCUUGGAGCAAUUUUCUCGUGGAUAUGAAAAGAUGGGUUUCACCCGCAGUACUGCUGGGAUAACAUACAGAGAAUGGGCACCCGGUGCAAAGGGGGCAUCAUUGGUUGGAGACUUCAACAAUUGGAAUCCGAGUGCUGACAUCAUGACUCGGAAUGAAUUUGGUGUUUGGGAGAUUUUUUUGCCUAAUAAUGCAGAUGGUUCACCAGCUAUCCCUCAUGGCUCUCGGGUGAAGAUUCACAUGGAUACUCCUUCUGGAAUGAAAGAUUCUAUCCCCGCUUGGAUUAAAUUUUCUGUACAGGCACCUGGUGAAAUCCCGUACAAUGGGAUUUAUUAUGACCCACCAGAGGAGGAAAAGUAUGUUUUUAAGCACCCUAAACCAAAGAGACCAAAAUCACUAAGGAUUUAUGAGUCACAUGUUGGCAUGAGUAGCACGGAACCUAAAAUUAAUACAUAUGCAAACUUCAGAGAUGAAGUCCUUCCUCGAAUUAAAAAACUUGGUUACAAUGCGGUUCAGCUAAUGGCCAUUCAGGAACAUUCAUACUAUGCCAGCUUUGGGUAUCACGUAACGAAUUUUUGUGCACCAAGCAGCCGUUUUGGUACUCCAGAAGAUCUCAAGUCCUUGAUAGAUAGAGCUCAUGAGCUUGGUUUGCUUGUCCUUAUGGAUCUUGUGCACAGCCAUGCAUCCAAUAACGUACUAGAUGGUCUGAACAUGUUCGACGGAACUGAUAGCCACUACUUUCACUCUGGAUCACGAGGUUAUCAUUGGAUGUGGGAUUCUCGCCUUUUCAAUUAUGGAAGUUGGGAAGUGCUCAGAUAUCUUCUUUCUAACGCAAGAUGGUGGCUUGAAGAAUAUGAAUUUGAUGGCUUUAGAUUUGAUGGUGUAACCUCAAUGAUGUACACUCACCAUGGACUGCAGGUAGCAUUUACUGGAAAUUACAAUGAGUAUUUUGGUUUUGCAACUGAUGUUGAUGCUGUGAUUUACCUGAUGCUGGUGAAUGACUUGAUACACGGAUUGUACCCUGAAGCUGUGACCAUUGGUGAAGAUGUUAGUGGAAUGCCAACAUUCUGUCUCCCAACGCAAGAUGGUGGUGUUGGUUUUGAUUACCGUCUUCAUAUGGCCAUUGCUGAUAAGUGGAUAGAGAUUCUCAAAUUAAGAGAUGAAGAUUGGAGAAUGGGUGACAUCAUUCACACACUGACCAACCGAAGGUGGGCUGAGAAAUGUGUAGCUUAUGCUGAAAGUCAUGACCAAGCUCUCGUCGGUGAUAAAACAAUUGCGUUUUGGUUGAUGGACAAGGAUAUGUAUGAUUUUAUGGCUUUGGAUAGACCAUCAACUCCACGCAUAGAUCGUGGAAUUGCACUGCAUAAAAUGAUCAGACUGAUUACAGUCGGAUUGGGUGGAGAAGGAUAUCUAAAUUUCAUGGGAAAUGAGUUUGGGCACCCAGAAUGGAUAGAUUUUCCACGAGGUGAUCAGCAUCUUCCAAGUGGCAAAAUUGUCCCAGGAAACAAUAACAGUUAUGAUAAAUGUCGGCGCAGGUUUGACUUGGGAGAUGCAGAAUAUCUUAGAUAUCAUGGAAUGCAAGAAUUCGAUCGCGCAAUGCAGCAUCUGGAAGAGAAAUAUGGUUUUAUGACUUCAGAGCACCAGUAUAUUUCACGUAAAAGUGAAGAUGAUAAGAUCAUAGUCUUUGAAAGAGGGAACCUGGUGUUUGUUUUCAAUUUCCAUUGGUCCAAUAGCUACUUCGAUUACCAGGUUGGUUGCUUGAAGCCAGGAAAGUACAAGAUUGUUUUGGAUUCAGAUGAUGCAUUGUUUGGUGGAUUCAAUAGACUUGACCACACUGCAGAACACUUCACCUUUGAGGGUACAUAUGACAAUCGGCCUCGUUCUUUCUUGGUUUAUGCUCCUAGUAGGGCAGCAGUGGUGUACGCUCUAGCAGAAGAUGAAGCAGAACCAACCAUGAAUGCUGUAGUAGAAAAUGAAGCAGAACCAGCUGUGCAUGCUCUACUAGAAGAUGAAGUCGAACCAGCCGAAGAUUAAUUCUCUAUUUCUUGAUUACUUCUCUCAGUACGAUGUGUUGGGUCUGGCGAAGAAGGGUCUUGUUCUGUUGGGGGCAUUUUCGUGGCACCGCUUGUGAUUUUAAAGUUAUGUUUAGCUACCACCACUGGUGCUGCAAGUCCACUAACAAACUGGUCCGUAAUUAUGGAAUGAAGGAAAGCAUAAGCAAAAUUACAAAUUAGCUGGAUGGACAAGAGCUUAGUAAGCUAAUUCUGCCCUAAUAACUUAUAAGCCUCUGUAAAUGUCUAUAGUAUCUUUAUGUAAAUUGUGUCGAGUAUAAUUUAAUAAAAAUAGGUCUUGGAAAUAACCGAAUAUGAUAAAUCCUAGAUAUAAGAAAUCCUAUGCAAGGUGUUUUUUACAGUUCGAAAAUUGUUCAUCUUAACAUACAACUAUUGUGGUCGCAGUAAACAAGGCGUUUUUCUAUGCCAGGUUUUUCGUUACA